AACAGAACAAAAAUCUUAACAGUAAUUUUCAAGAAAUUAUAAAAAUGUCAUUUGCAUGAUCAAUCCCAUGACCGAACACUCGUCGACGGUUAAAAAUAAUUACACGACAACAAAAUCCCAGUGUCUGAAAGAUUUUUAAACCAUUUUCUUGCGUUUAUUUCCAUGGAAGCUCUGUUUAAAAAGCUUACUUUCUUUGAAAAAUUUCAAGGUUCCAAGAAAGGAAGAGGUUGACCUAAAAAUGUAAGCCCUUCAAAGUUUUCCAUUAAGAAAUGCCAAUAUUUCAAGCUUUGAAUUCAUCAAACAGCUCGUGGUCUUCAACCACGAGGCUCGAAAACCGUUGAAUUAGACCCAUAUUUUUAAUCCCAUUUUUAUCAGUCAAAGCCCUAUGUGGUGUUAGGUACACGAUUUCAAUGACUUUCCAUUGCCUAUUUUUUUGGUAGGUUUGGUGUAUACAUAUUUUAAGGCUUAGUGGACUCCAUAGCUUUCUUUUUUGCUUGUAUUAUAUAAGAGAGAGCGAGUUGUCAGAUUCUGAAACAACGUUUUGAUCGAUUCGUACAGGAUUUUCAUAGAGAAUAUAUCCAGUAUAUAUAUUCAGGUAGAUAUAUGUAUGGCAGUUAAUAUUCUUUGCCAAAACUUUGGUUUGAUUUUGCACGUAGCAUGCUAGAUGAAAAGGGUUUAAUCCUUUACAUAGAGUCUGUCUGUUCGUAUUGAAUUCAUAACUUGAUUCUUCUUAUAUGAACACUAUGAUAUGGGACAAUCUGUAAAGUAUCUGAUAUAAUCUUCAGUAUAUAUACAAGUAGAUAUGCCAAAAAGUUGUUUUGCGUUUGCAUAUAAGGUGCUUGAUGAAUGGGUUUAAUCCUUUACAUGGAAUCUGUGUGUUGAUAUUGAAUUCAUGUUGCUCAGAUUAGAAUUUAGUGACUGAAAUGAUUUGAUUUGAUUCUCCUUAUAUAUGAACUUUAUGAUAUAGAAUAAUUUGUAUCCUGUAAUAUAUCGUAUAUAUCUUAUGCAUUCAGUAUAUAUGCAGAUAGAUAUGCCAAUUAAAUUCAGUAUAUAUGAACUUGAUGAAAAGGGUUUAGUCUUUUACAUAGAGUGAGUGUGUUGGAAUAUUGAAUUCAUAUUGUUCUGGUUUUUCGAUUCGGCUUACAACGUCAGUCUUUGUUCGAAAGACAGAAGUGAUAUCGAAGGUAAAUAGUUUGAAGGGAACAGAUUCAGAAUCCAUGACUAACUCGGUUGAAUCAGAUGAAUUUCAAAGAAAAGAUUCAAGAACAUUGAGAGAUGGCACACAUGAUCAUGAAGUGGUACUCAAGAAAACGUUUUCUUUCAAGGAUUUAGUUAUAGAUAAAGGGAAGUUUGGUUUGACUAUAUCGAAUUCAAAUGGACUCUUGCACGAGCCGUUUUCCACGCUUUCUCUACCAGAACCGACGAUUUUGUUUUCACCAAGACCAGUUAGUGAGCUCGAUGAGGCUGCUGUUAAGCUUCAGAAGGUGUACAAGGGCUACCGGACUCGAAGAAACCUUGCUGAUUGUGCAGUGGUAGUUGAGGAGCUAUGGUGGAAAGUAUUAGACCUUGCAGAGCUCAAGCAAAGUUCUGUGUCGUUCUUCGAUGUCAAAAAACCAGAAUCCAUGGUUUCGCGAUGGGCAAGAGCCAAAACAAGAGCAGCAAAGGUAGGAAAGGGAUUGUCCAAAGAUUAUAAAGCUCAAAAACUAGCCCUUCAACACUGGCUUGAAGCCAUUGAUCCACGACAUAGAUAUGGACAUAACUUAAACCUGUACUAUGAUGUUUGGUUCUCAAGUGAAAGCACUCAGCCAUUCUUCUACUGGUUGGAUAUUGGAGAUGGGAAAGAAUUAAAUCUCGGCAAAUGUCCAAGGAAAAAACUACUGCAGCAAUGCAUCACAUAUCUUGGACCAAAAGAAAGGGAAGAAUAUGAGGUAAUAAUUGAGAAUGGGAAACUUGUUUUUAAGCAAAGUGGGUUACUAGUUGAUACAACAGGGGGAUUCAAAUGGAUAUUUGUUCUUAGCACAACUAGAGCCUUGUAUGUCGGUCAAAAAGAAAAGGGUAAAUUUCAACAUUCUAGUUUUCUAGCUGGUGGUGCCACCACUGCUGCCGGAAGAUUAGUUGCUUGUGAUGGGGUUCUUGAGGCUAUAUGGCCAUACAGUGGUCACUAUCAUCCCACAGAAGAGCAUUUCAUGGAAUUCAUCAACUUCCUUGGGGAAAACCAUGUAAAUCUCACUAAUGUUAAGAGAUGUGCCACUGAUGAUGACUAUUAUGGACAAGCCUCGGCUAAUGAACGCAAACCAGAAGAACUGAUGGAGGGUACCGAGUUGGAACCACCAAUGUUCAAUCCGAGCAACAGAUUGUCUUGUAAGUGGACCACAGGGGUCGGACCACGUAUCAGUUGUGUCCGGGACUACCCAACUGAGCUCCAGUUCAAAGCACUGGAACAAGUUAACCUGUCACCAAGGGUGGCUCCUAGUGUGGUGAACCAUGGACCAAUCCCUUCACCAAGGCCUAGUCCAAAGAUGCAUCUUUCCCCACGGAUUGCAACCAUGGGUCUGCCAAGUCCAAGAUCCAUAUCAACAUCUAACUAAAACCCAGUUCAAUAGCCAAAAAUGUUAAUUCAUUAGUAUUUUUUGUAUUCAUUGCUCAUUUUGUUUUGUAUGUAAUCAAUCAUUAUUAAGUCAAUCAAAUUUUCUAUAGCAUUACAACGAAAGAA